AUGGAAGCCAACCAGAGAAAAAACAUCUCUACUAUUGCUUAUGUCAUUUUGCUGGGAUUUGGGGACCUGGAGGAGGUUGGCAUUGUACUUUUCUCAUUAUUCCUCAGCCUCUACGUUGUCACACUGUUGAGUAAUCUGCUACUGAUCCUAGCUGUGCAGACUAGUCACCGGCUUCAGACCCCCAUGUACUUCUUCCUGUGCCACCUAUCCUGCGUGGAUGUUGGCUACACAAGUUGCAUCAUCCCCCAGUUGCUGCAGGAAGUUCUAAGUGGUAGAGUCACCAUCUCCUUUACUGCCUGCAUAGUCCAGUUGUAUGUGGUUGGUGUCCUACUCACUGUGGAGUGUUUCCUUCUAGCUGUCAUGUCCUAUGACCGCUAUGUGGCCAUCUGUUGGCCACUGAGAUACUCAGUCCUAAUGGACAAUAGAAUUUGUACCAAGCUGGCUGUGGGAUCUUGGGUGGCUGGGAGUCUGUUUCUGGGAGCCUUGCUGAUUUUGUUUGCCACCUUAACCUUCUGUGGCCCCCACCUUAUCAACCAUUUCUUCUGUGACUUCUACCCCGUGGUCAAGCUCUCCUGCACAGACACCACUGUAGUGGAGAAGGUGGCCUUUGUCUUGUCAUUCCUAUCCCUGUCUCCUUUCUUUUGGACCUUGUUAUCAUAUGUUUGUAUUUUGUCUGCCAUCUUGAGAAUUUCUUCUUCAGCAGGGAGGCACCGCACCUUCUCCACCUGCUCUUCCCAUCUGAUUGUUGUGAGUGUGUUUUAUGGCACCUUGAUUUUGGUAUAUAUGACGCCCCCCUCAGAAACAGCACUGAGUCUGAAUAAGUUAUUCUCACUUCUCUACACGAUCUUCACACCCCUUCUGAAUCCUCUGGUCUAUAGUCUCAGAAAUAAGGAUGUUCAAGUUGCUCUGAAGAUGGGAGUCAAACUCCACUGUUCAUGA